AUGGAGCGGAAAUUUACGGCAAUGCCGGACUACUUUGAUUCGGAAGGGUCCAUAAGCAGACACAAGCCCGAGAAUAUUUACGGCGAGCCCGAAAGCUUUCUGGAGAUAGAGGUGGUUAAUCCGCAGACUCAUGGGACUGCGAGGUCAAUGUACACAGAUUACGAGGUCAUUUGCAGGACAAACAUUCCAACGUUCCGCCAUCAGACUUCCUCUGUGCGCAGGCGGUAUAGCGAUUUUGAAGCCUUCAAGGAGCUUCUGGAGAUGGAACAGGUGAAGGCAUUGCUUCCUCCGCUUCCGGGCAAGGUAUUUUCAAACCGCUUUUCCGACGAGGUCAUUGAGAAACGCAGAGUUGGCCUCGAGCGGUUCUUGCAAGCAGUGGCUGGCCACCCUCUCGUCCAGACGUCUGCACCCAGAGCACUUAUUGCAUUCGUCCAGGACCCCAACUGGGACAAAUCCCAAUGGCUAUGA